UGGAGAAGAAUAAGCACCCACUACAGUUCAACUUAGAUACCUCCGUCUCAGAAACUGAAGUAAAGACCAGAGUGUGAGUUCAGAAAUGGGGGAUUUGUACGCUUUGGAUUUCGAUGGAGUUAUCUGUGAUAGCUGCGGAGAGAGCUCCGUCUCUGCUGUCAAGGCUGCAAAAGUGAGAUGGCCAGCUCUGUUCAACGGUGUCGAUUCGGCUUUGGAGAAUUGGGUUGUUGAUCAAAUGCACGUAGUGAGACCUGUGGUGGAAACUGGGUAUGAGAAUCUUUUGCUUGUGAGGUUGCUUUUGGAGAUGAGAGUUCCUUCUAUAAGGAAGUCAUCAGUUGCAGAAGGGCUUACUGUGGAGGGGAUAUUGGAGAAGUGGUCAGUAUUGAAGCCUGUGAUUAUGAAGGAAUGGGGUGAGGAAAAGGAUCCUCUUGUCAAUUUGUUUGGAAAGGUCAGGGAUGAGUGGAUGGACCAGGACAUGGCUACUUGGAUUGGUGCAAAUAGAAUAUAUCCAGGUGUAUCUGAUGCUCUGAGAUUUGCAAGCUCGACAAUAUACAUAGUCACCACAAAGCAGAGCCGGUUUGCUGAUGCUUUACUGCGAGAACUUGCAGGAGUUAUGAUACCACCUGAAAGAAUCUUUGGUCUUGGAUCUGGUCCUAAGGUAGAAGUAUUGAAGAUGCUUCAGAAGAAACCAGAACAUCAAGGGCUGAAACUACACUUUGUGGAAGAUAGACUGGCAACCUUAAAGAAUGUUAUAAAAGAACCUGAAUUGGAUGGUUGGAACUUGUAUCUAGGGGACUGGGGGUACAAUACAGAGAAAGAGAGAGAUGAAGCUGCCAGAAUCUCCAGGAUUCAGAUUCUUCAGCUUUUUGACUUCAGCACAAAGUUAAAGUAGCCUCUGUUCUUAAUGUUUUUAUUCCCUUGUUGUGAAUGUGCUAAUUCACGUAAACAGAAGAUUACGAUCUCUUUAAAUUGUGUAGAUUUACAUUGGGAGAUUCAGAGAUUUCAUGUAUUU